AUGAAACGAAUGUUGUCAGCAAAAUACAGUACUAAGCGGGAGAAACAUCGUGCACGAUGCACUCUUCGAGUAGACGUUCUGAACAGAUAUUUCAUUGCAAGAGAAGUAGAAGACCCUGACAUAUCGUUCAGUGAUGUGGUUCGCACGGUAGCUUGUUCGGGAAAUGUCAUCAAAUGUGGCUACUUAACAAAAAAACGUUGGAAAAUUGGUAGAUCGCAGAGAUAUUUCGUGUUGCGUGAUGAUGCUAAAUUAUAUUAUUACAAAACACAAAAUGACUCGAAUGCAGUGCAGAAAUGUGUUGGUGUUGUACAGCUGAAAGAUGUUUAUAUAAUACCUCAUGGCUGGAGAGUAUUCAGCAUUCACUCAAACAAUGGUGUUUGGACGUUAAGAGCGCGAACCACCGAGGAAAGAAACGAUUGGAUGAAGAAGUUAAAGUUCGCUAGGGCAUGCAUGCAAGCAAAAGAAGACAACGAACUGACACAAUUGAAGUCCACAAAUGAAAACGGAUCGUUUAUGAAAUCAGUAGAUGCUUCGAAUAUAUUACCUGAUCUUGAUAAGCAAGUGAAAGAGCUGCUUAAGUGUGCUGCUAUGCUGACAGUUCGUAAUGCUGAAAUAACGAGUUCUGAGGGAGAUCAAUCGAACGGAAAGAGUCCGAAAGUAAAGGAACGAGUAAAAGAUUUAUCAUUGAGCAUGUCAAUAAAUUUUAAAAGUUUCAAACAUGCUGCGAGAAGGUGUCUGCUUCAUUUGAGAUUGACGUCCUCGCUAUAG